AUGGAUAUAGACGAUAAAAGAAAUUCUAAAGUGGUUAUAGAUGAAACUUUCAUAAGUACGGAUCAGCCACUUACAUUACCCUCAUCGGAAGACGAGAAAGCUUUGGCUGCCUUGGGAUACAAGCAAGAAUUCAAACGAGAGUUCGGAUUAUGGACAACCUUUGGAGUGAGCUUUAGUGUGAUGGGAUUACUUCCAAGUUAUGCUUCAGUUAUGCUCUAUGGUUUGACUUAUGCUGGAACUGGUGGAAUGGCCUGGGGAUGGAUAGUAGCUAUGAUACCAAUCCAAUGUAUCGCAUGUAGUCUAGCAGAAUUAUGUUCAUCAAUGCCAACAAGUGGUGGACUUUAUUAUGCUUCUGCAGUACUUGCACCCGAUGGAUUUGGACCUUUAGCAGCUUGGUUAACCGGAUGGUCAAAUUGGAUUGCACAAAUCUCCGGUGCACCUUCUGUAGAUUACGCACUUUCUUCAAUGAUUCUUGCUGGUGUUUCAAUCACACAUCCUACUUAUACUCCAACAAAUCCUCAUACAUUUAUCUUAACUGCAGUCAUUAUGCUUAUUCAAGCUACUAUCUCUUCACUUCCGACUAAAACUAUCGCAACCUUGAAUGGAUAUGGUACUUUGUUAAAUUUUGCGGCUCUUUUUAUCACUAUCUUUGUUAUACCACUCGCCACUACUCGAGCUGGUCAGGUCAAUCCAUCUACAGGUGAGAUUAUGAACCGAGUAGCUUCAAGUAGUGAAGUUUGGGGUAGUAUUCAUAACGGUACAGAUUAUCCAGAUGGAGUUUCAAUCCUCAUGUCUUUUAUUGGAGUCAUUUGGAUCAUGUCUGGAUACGACGCAUCAUUUCAUUUGAGUGAAGAAUGCUCAAACGCAAACAUCGCAGCUCCGAGAGCAAUUGUGAUGACAUCCAGUAUCGGUGGUAUCAUCGGUUGGAUCAUUCAAAUCAUCGUGGCUUAUACUAUCAUCGACAUCGAUCGCGUGUUGGACUCAAGUCUCGCUCAACCAUGGGCAGCUUAUCUCUUGCAAGUCUUACCUCAAAGGGCAGCACUAGCCAUCCUAUCUCUUACGAUUGGGUGUAGCUUCUUUAUGGGCCAAGCAUGUAUGAUAGCUGGUUCAAGAGUUGCCUAUGCAUAUGCACGAGAUGAUUGUUUUGGUCCAUUUUCAAAAAUCGUAAAAGUGGUCAACUCAAAAACAAAAACACCCGUGAACGCAGUUUGGUUCAAUACUUUCAUCGGCAUUAUCAUCCUUUUACUCGUCUUUGGUGGACCUUUGGCUAUCAAUGCAAUCUUUUCUAUAGGCGGUAUAGCUGCUAUGGUAGCUUUUGCAAUUCCUAUCUCUAUGAGAGUUUUCAUUCGAAAUUCAAACUUUCAAAGAGGUCCAUGGCAUCUUGGAAAAUUUGGAAAACCAAUAGGUGCUUUAGGUGCAGGAUUUGUGGCAUUGAUGGUUCCGAUUAUGUGUCUUCCGGCAAAAACUGGUAGUCGUCUCAAUGCGGAAAACAUGAAUUGGACUUGUAUGGUAUACGGAGGAUGGAUGACUUUUAUUAGUUUAUGGUGGAUUUUUAAUGCUAAGAAAUGGUUUAAAGGACCCAAAAUUCAAGAAACAGAAAUUAUCAGUUACGAAAUUGAAAAAGGUUUUAAUAGAAACCUAUAA